AUGUAUAAAGAUAUCGAAAACUACGACGCCGAAAAAAAUGGUGAAGGAAAAAAUGAAAAGGUUAUAAUCCGAGUGAAAAGAAAAAUCGAUGAGAUGACCAUUCCGUCCAUUUACGUGAAAAAGUCAAAUAAAAGAAUAUGCAAUGGUAUAUUUUAUAAACACUUUGACACGAUAAUUCCGGAUGAAGAUAUAGAGAAGAAAAACGUUGAAUGUAUUAACUUGUUCAGAAAACAUGAACAGUACCACAACAGUUGCAGUGACUUGUCAUGCCUUGCCGAAAGAAAAAGAAAAUUCAACUCCCUUAAGGGAUAUGAAAAGGAUUUAAAGGAAGCCAUAAAUAAUUUAAAAAGGUACAAAAUAGUGAACCAAAAUAUUCAGGUCGUCGAUUUGGAUGCAAAGGAAAAGGGAAUUUACAAAAUUAUCGAUGUGAAUUUGUUGCAAGAAUGGGGCUAUGCCAAUGUGAAUGAUGAUGCGGGGGCAGAUGCGACGAAUGAGGAGCGUGCACGGGGCCAGACGGAGAAAGACCCACACAGCAACACCGAGCAGGAAUAUGAAUACGAUUUAUACAUUGUAGACGAUGAGAAAAUAGAAAUAAGUGAUUAUAUGGACUAUCUGUACCACAUUAAGAAUAAUAAUGUGGAUUCAUCGGAGGUUAUUGUGUUGGAGGAUGUGUAUGGCAACAACUCCAACGAGUAUGACUCGAAGUCUUUUUCAUCGUCCAACUCCGAUCGUGACACAGUAAAGGAAAUGUCGGAUUACCCCGACGAGAGCUCGAGCAGUGGAGAUGAUUGCAGUGGUGGUAGCAGUGUUGAUGGCCGUAGUGACAAUUCUGUGAGUAGCGACUGCUACGGUGGGAGUUUUGGAAGUGACUAUCACCUCGAGAAUAAUUUGGACGUAGGCUCACACGAGAACAACGUCCCCAGUGACUUCUACGAUGAGAAUUUCGUGGACCAGCUUAGCAACUGCAGUGAGGAUAACCCUUUCAGAACCAACGUUAAAAAUGCUGGCAGUGAUGAAAACCUGUUUGGAAGAGGGCCGUGUGGUAUGAACAACUGGGAGGGCUACAUAAAGGGGAAGCCUUCCCAAGGCGGUUACAAUAACCACAGCAGUUACCCUUUCCAAAAUGGUGUUAGCCACAACAAAGGCAGCAGUAACAACGUCCCCAAUAGGGGCUUCCCCCAAAAGAGUACCUCCAAGAAAAACGAAAGAAAAACUCACACAAACAGUAAAAAAAUGAACUCCUUAAUUUUUGAAGAGAAAAUAAAGGACGAGUUAGAAAAACGGUUAAAAGAAAAAAAUGAAAAUAUGCUAAACGUAACAUUAUCGGAGAAGCUAAAAAUUCUUGAGCAGAUGGAAAACGAAUACUAUGAUAAGUAG